AUGAAUACAUAUCCCUCCUUUCCUCCCUCCCUUUUCUUUCUUCCUUUUCCCUUCCUCCAUUUUGAAUACGUAUCCGUCUUUUCCACCCUCCUUUCUCUUUCUUCCUCUUUCCCUUGCUCCAUUAUGAAUACAUAUUCCUCUUUUCCUCCCUCUCUUUUCUUUCUUUUUUCCUUCCCACAUUGUGAAUACAUAUCCCUCCUCUCCUCCCUCCCUUUUCUCUUCCUCCAUUUUGAAUACGUAUCCGUCUUUUCCACCCUCCUUUCUCUUUCUUCCUCUUUCCCUUGCUCCAUUAUGAAUACAUAUCCCUCCUUUUCUCCCUCCCUUUUCUUUCUUCCUUUUCCCUUCCUCCAUUUUGAAUACGUAUCCGUCUUUUCCACCCUCCUUUCUCUUUCUUCCUCUUUCCCUUCCUCCAUUAUGAAUAUAUAUUCCUCUUUUCCUCCCUCCCUUUUCUUUCUUUUUUCCCUUCCCCCAUUAUGA